AUGAAAAACCUUUACUACCGUGAACCCGAAAAAUCUUUAUGUGAUGACAUCCGACCAACUUCCUAUGAUGUAGAUUAUCCUUUUUUUAUUUUUGAUGCUUAUGGUACAAAUGGCAUAAUUUUAGUUUAUGUUGACCAUGUUGGGGAUGGAAGUGAAUGGUGGUUUGACGAGGAACAGAAUGAAGAUGAUGGUGACGAUUCUUGUUUUGAUAGUGUGGAAAAUGGAGAUAACCAAAGGGAUGUUGAAGUGGAAAAUGAUGAAGAUUUUAUUCCUAUGAACAGAACAUCCCAAGAUCCUUUCUUGAGUAAAUUAUGUGUUGAAGGGGUGUACGAUGAGGGAUAA